AGGGCGGGCGGGCGGGCGAGGGGAGACGGCUGGACGCCCGGGACCGCACAGGCCGGACCGAGGGGCGGCGGCGGCGGCGGCAGGCGGAGCGUCGCGAUCUCUGUUGGGAAGCGCAACUUCCCCGGGCCCCGCGGGGCCGCGCAGGGUGGGGGGGUGACCCCAGCCCCGCGCUCGCUCCCUCCGUCCAUCCUCGGCCGCCCUCAGCCACCCCGGGGCCCGGUCAUCAGCCCGCGCAUCCCCGGGCUCGGGCCCGUCCUUGGCCCUCGAGGGAGCCGCCGCCUUCACCGCCACCUCUGCAGCGGCCGCAUCAGAGGCCGCCCGGGCAGGACCCAGGCGUGAGCAUCGGGCGCCCCCCCUAGGAGUGCACGACCCCCGGAGCCGCCCUCAACACGGACCGCGCCCGCCGGGCACACAAGAAUGGUCACUCAGAUACUGGGGGCCAUGGAGUCUCAGGUGGGGGGGGGCCCGGCCGGCCCAGCCCUGCCCAACGGGCCACUCCUCGGCACAAACGGGGCAACUGACGACAGCAAGACCAACCUCAUCGUCAACUACCUGCCCCAGAACAUGACCCAGGAUGAGUUCAAGAGUCUCUUCGGCAGCAUUGGUGACAUCGAGUCCUGCAAGCUGGUUCGGGACAAGAUCACAGGGCAGAGCCUAGGCUAUGGGUUCGUGAACUAUUCGGACCCCAGCGAUGCGGACAAAGCCAUCAACACCCUCAACGGCCUCAAGCUGCAGACGAAGACCAUCAAGGUGUCCUACGCCAGGCCCAGCUCCGCAUCCAUCCGGGACGCGAACCUGUACGUCAGCGGGCUGCCCAAGGCCAUGAGCCAGAAGGAGAUGGAGCAGCUCUUCUCCCAGUACGGCCGCAUCAUCACCUCGCGCAUCCUGGUGGACCAGGUCACAGGAGUCUCUCGGGGCGUGGGGUUCAUCCGCUUCGACAAGAGGAUUGAAGCCGAGGAGGCCAUCAAAGGCCUGAACGGGCAGAAGCCGCUGGGCGCCGCCGAGCCCAUCACGGUCAAGUUCGCCAACAACCCGAGUCAGAAAACUGGGCAGGCCCUGCUCACCCACCUGUACCAGUCGUCCGCCCGGCGCUACGCGGGCCCCCUGCACCACCAGACACAGCGCUUCCGGCUGGACAAUCUACUCAACAUGGCCUACGGGGUCAAGAGUCCCCUGUCGCUCAUUGCCAGGUUCUCCCCGAUUGCCAUCGACGGCAUGAGUGGCCUGGCAGGCGUGGGCCUGUCGGGGGGCGCGGCGGGCGCCGGCUGGUGCAUCUUCGUCUACAACCUGUCUCCGGAGGCCGACGAGAGCGUGCUGUGGCAGCUGUUCGGGCCGUUCGGCGCAGUGACCAACGUCAAGGUCAUCCGCGACUUCACCACCAACAAGUGCAAGGGCUUCGGCUUCGUCACCAUGACCAACUACGACGAGGCGGCCAUGGCCAUCGCCAGCCUCAACGGCUACCGCCUGGGCGAGCGCGUGCUGCAGGUGUCCUUCAAGACCAGCAAACAGCACAAGGCCUGAGCCGCCGCCGCCCCGCCCCUCCCCGGGCCGCGGGGGCAGAGAGAGAGAGGGGAGAGAGAGAGAGAGAGAGAGAGAGAGAGGAGAGGAGAGGAGGGGCCGAGAGAGACAGCCAGGCACACCCACGGAUGGACCUGCGCCCCUGCGGAAGCCACCGGGUGAGCAUGCCAGGGGCGGGGCGGGCAGGUCUGUGGGGAAGGGGGGGGUGCCCCAGGGCCCCCCGCCCCGCCCCACCCCGUCUCCCCGCCCCGCCCCCUCCCUGGGCUGAGCCAUUCUCUCUUGGUCUGGCUCAUGUCAAAAGUUUUCGUUUCUUUUCUUUGGCUAAAAAAGAAAGCAAAGAUGUGCCCCCUCACCCCACCCACCACACCACCUGGGGGAUGGCUUGGAGGGGCCCAGGGGGCCGCCCCACCCCCACCCCGGGGCCUCCCCAGCACCUCGGUGGGCCUGGGGGAAGGGGGAGGGGGGAACAGGUUUAAAAAUCCCCAAAAGAGCGAAAUGUGAGGAGGGGCGCGGGCACCCCCCCGGCCCCCCUCGGAGCCCCUCGGAAUGUGGGGAGCAGUGCUGGGGGCGGGGCUGGAAGCAGAAGCAAAACAGAAAAAAAGGGGGGGUGGGAGGGAGAGAAAAACUCUAUUUUUGUAAAAAGGGAUAAAGACCUCGUGGAGAAUUUUUACUGGGGAUUCUUGAACUUGGAAAAAAAAACACACACAAAAAGACAAAAAAAAAAAGAAACUAUUUUGGCAGGUUAAUGUUUACCAACUUGGGGGGGCGGGGCCGGGAGCAGGGGCUGGGCGUCCACAGGGCCAGACAGACAGACGGACACAGAGACACGCCCCCGGGACAGGUGGACACACAGGUGCACAGGGGAGCCCAGAGAAACAACGGACACAGCGGUGCGUGGGCGGCCGCGGGGAGCGCCGGGCACACACAGACCCCCACCCAGCCGCCUCCUGCUGGGGCCCCGCCCCCGCCUGCCAGAGCUCUCUCCUAGGGGCAGCUGUCCCAGCUGCCCAGCGACAGGCGUGCACGCGGCGUCCGCGCGUCCAAACACACGAUACCUCGUUCCACUUUGGCGUCACGGUGGGCUGCUUCCAGCCCCGACCCCCCAACACUCGAGGCCAAAGGUCCCCCCUCCCCACCCCGCCCUCCGCCCCCUCCCCGGGCCACGAGGCUGAUGGGGAGCCCCAGGCUCAGGGGUCUCCCCGACAGCAGGCACCCAGCACCCACCCUCCUGCCACUGACCACUGCCCACUGCUGGGCCCAGGGAGUUCGGGCUUGGGGUGGGAGGGGUCCCAGCCCCUCAGUCCCUUCCCGUCCGCUUGGCACCCCCACCUUGGGUUGCUGGGGUUUUUUGUCUCUCCAGAUUGGGGUGGUCAGUGGACAAAGCCCCCAUCCCCAGCCUUGCCCCCUGCCCCGCUCCUGGCCACACCCCCCACCCUGGCCCGGGGGCCCUGGUUUCUGUUGGGAUUUUUUGCAUUCACCCUAAUUUUCAUUCUUUUUUUUUUUACAAAAAAAAGAAAAAAAAGAAAAAAAAUCCCAGCAGGAGCCAGAGCCCCCCGGGAGCCCCCCAGCGGGGCCUGUCGCACGGGGUGGGGGUGGGGGGGCUCCAGGCCUGUCUAGCGCUAGUUGCCUUCCGCGUCCGGUACGGGCACGACCUCAUCUGAAUGUCCAGCUCUCUCUCCCCGCCCUCCCCGUGUUAUCCAACGCGUCUAACGGAGCUUCUGCGGCAAGGAACGGAAAAAAGAAAAAAAAAAUCAAAAAAGCGACAAAAACAAAAAAACAAACAAAAAAAAAACACCACAAGUGGAAGAGGAAAAAAAAAAAGUGCUGAAAAAAUGUUAAAAAAAAAAACAACCCACACACAGAAGAGAUUUAAAAAAAAAGGAAAAAAAAAGACACAAACUGGCACCAGUUAACUUUCUUGUAUUUUUGCUGAAUCUAGCUUCUUGUAGUUUUAACUUAUUGCUAUGUUAACUAUUUAUCAUCCCGUUGCCCUGUGAAAGCAUUCGUGUGCAUUUCUGUUCCUCCAUCCGGUUUGCAAGUUAAAAGAAUGAUGUUCUUUGUUUUUCUUUUUUUCAGUUUUGCUGAGACGUGGUUAUGCCUAAUUUAUUUAUAAAAGGGGAAGUGGAAUCAUAAAGUAAUAAUAAUUCUUAUUAAUAACAGUGCCGGUAGCCGAGUGGCUCCCGGGGCGGCCGUGGGCUCUGAGCGGAUUCCCGGCCCGGGGCCCCCGGGGGUCUCCAUGGGUUAUUUUUUGCUGUUGUCUUGAAUCUUUUUCAGUCCUACUUAGCUGGUGGAAACCCUAUACAGGAACCUAUUUAUUCUCGUGGUUGUAAGUCCACCCUUCUCUCCUCCUUCCAGCGGCGCCCCCACCCCCGCUGUAGCCGGGGCUCCCCUCAGCCCUCCGGUGUGCUGCAGGCAUCCGAGCAAUAAUGGCUGGGCUUGUUCCCCACCCUGGGGGGGCCGGGCUCCGGGCGGGGGCUCCUCCCCACACACCCUGCGCCCAGGCCUGGGUCCCUGCCAACCCCGAGACUGGAAGGGGGCUUUUUUUAAAAAAAAAACAAAACAAAAAACAAAAAAACAAAAAAGAAUUCAGCCCAGCCGGGCCCCCUUCCCUGGAGGCCAGCCCCUCCCCCCAGGGGGCCAGGCCAGGGCUCCCAGGGUGGGUGGGAGGGCCCUGGGGUCUUCCAAGUCCCCUUGGGGUCAGGGGCAGGGCCAGUGGGGAAGGGGCUCAGCCCCUACAACCCUCCCUUCGUCCUGUUAUUUAUUCGAAAGGUUUCAGAUCACCAGAGUCCGUGUUGGAGGUGAGAAAGAACUGUAAAAAUAAAAAAAUUAAAAAAAAAUUAAAAAUGAUAAAAAGACCAAAAAAAAAAAAAAAAAAAACACCAAACCACCAAGAAACACUUUGCGUUGCGUUUAGACUAUGACCGGGGUCACAGGCCCGGCCGCGGUAACAGACUUUUACAUGGAAUUGUUUAAUUAUUUGUACUUUUCAUGCCAGAAAAUAAAAGUUCAGAAUCUUA